AACUCAUAGUACAAUUACAGCCAUUGUAUCCAUGACUUUUUUUUUUUUUUUUUGAUGAACCCUGUCAUCAUGUCUACUGUGGUCUGGCUUGUCUGGAACAGGACUAGCUAGCAUUAGCUCUGGUGUCUGGGCUGAUAAGUGAGAGUAAGAAGAAAACUCUGUGUUGCUCAAUUUUCACAACCAUGGUCUUAUCCCAGCUGCCACUGGGAACUUAGGUUUGUAUAUAUAGGUUUGUCCAACAACACUUCACAACCCAGUCUUGUUCCUCAUUACUGUUUACCAAAAUGUUUAUGUAUUAUCUUGACUGUAAAUGAAUUAAUAGAUAUGAACACAACAAGAUACCAGCCCUAAUUCCAAUGCAAGAAAUUGGUUUAUUAUGAGCUGUUAGCAUUUUUCUAACAAUAGUAGAUGUUGAUUUUCAUUUAUACAGUGGUUCAACAGUGCUAAGAAAAUCUUACUUUGUCACAACCAGACGACGGUCCGUUCACAUGAACGGCAUGGAUACUGCAUGGGUCGACUCAAGAAUGUGUUGCUGCAGAAGCAUUUUCAAGCAGCUUGGCACAAAACUAGUUACAGUUACUCUGUAAUGCCAGUAGAAAUGCCCGCGACCAUGUGCAUGUAUACGAAUAUUAUACUGUGCCCAAGUGCACAUCGUUCAUUUUGGGGUUUGCUUGGGUCAGGGCUACAAAAUCAGCAUGUGAAGACUGUUAGAUUUGAACAAAUAUCGUUAGCAAACUAGCAAUAGCUUAGGACGGUUAUAAUCCAAAUUUAAAAUAUCUGUUAGCAUUUCCGUCGAUAGUGUGUGUCUGCGAGUUUUACAUGAACGUUAACUGAGGUUACACACCAUCAUUUCAAGUAUAAAUAAGUGACAUAGUAAUGUUGUUGACGUUCUGAAUCACUGGCAUCACCAGCGAGAGUGUGUUUGUGAGAAUGACUGUACAUUUCUUCUGGCUCUCAAACCAUUCGGUGAACAAUGACAUCAACACUUCCCUUGCACAUCAACCAAUUAUCAACAGACGGAAGACUGUCUCCACUACACAGUCACACUCAGCGUGUCAUUGUUGUCUGUGUUUCUGACACGCAGGAUAACGCCGACGAUAAGCAUGCGCUCAAAACAGAUGUCCAUCAAGACAACGGAAUCUUCUCAAAUCAGUUAGACAUCAUUCGAUAACAUCGAGCAGGAGCUUUCGCCAUUCAUCACAAUUAACAAAUAUACUGCAUUUACUUCAGUCAUGUGAUGCCUGACACUGUCUGAACAACUUAGAGUUUUUCCAACUGCAGCUUAUGCGAGAAACAACAAGCCAACAAAAUAAAUCAAUCUUUACGUUGAAUUCAAAGUGGAGACUAACAGCCUAAGAUCUGAGACAAAUACAGAGAGAAUUAUUGUGUGUUUGUGUUUAACAAUGUCACUACUGGCAUGAUUUUCUUUCUUUCUUUUUUUCUCUCUCCAAGAUAAAAAGUAGGUCACAUGCUUGAAUUAUCCAUUUGCAGGGUCGUAUGCAUCACUGCCAAGAAAUUGCAUUACGUAAGGGACUUCUGAUAAGGAGACGCACAGACUUGGAGGAUGGCGGACAGAAAUGAUGAAGGAUGCACACGAGAGAAUGGACGCAGGAAGAGCGAGGCAGGAGAAUCACACCCUUCUUCUUCAUCUUCCUGCACGAGUCUCAAGAUGUUUCUGGGAGCUCUGUCUUUUGCCUAUUUUGCGAAGGCUCUGUCGGGGAGCUACAUGAAGAGCACAAUUACUCAGCUGGAGAGGCGCUUUGACAUCCCCAGUUACCUAAUAGGAGUCAUUGAUGGGAGCUUUGAGAUUGGAAAUCUGUUAGUUAUUGCUUUCGUCAGUUACUUCGGGGCCAAGCUCCAUCGGCCAAAGGUCAUUGCAGUGGGAUGCGUACUGAUGUCCAUUGGUACCUUCAUCAUUGCCCUGCCUCACUUCAUCAUCGGACGCUAUGAGUUUGAAACCUCAGUGAGGUGGAUAGAGAACUCCACACUUCAUCCCUCACCAUGUUCAAUGGGUUUACCUGCCGAGGUAAAACAAGGAGGUAAACUACCUGAGGCUCCAGCUGCUGCUUGUGAAAGUGAGUCCAACCUGUCAAUGUGGGUCUACGUUCUCCUGGGAAAUGUCCUACGAGGGAUCGGAGAGACACCCGUUCAGCCUCUCGGGAUCUCGUAUAUAGACGAUUUUGCAACAGGGGAAAAUGCUGCCCUCUAUGUGGGUUUUGUUCAGACUAUUUCAGUGAUUGGCCCUGUGUUCGGAUAUCUACUGGGCUCCCUGUGUGCUAAAAUCUACGUAGACAUUGGAUUUGUAAAGAUGGAAUCCAUCACCAUCACCCCCAAUGAUUCCCGUUGGGUGGGGGCCUGGUGGCUGGGCUACCUCAUAGCUGGAGUCAUCACACUACUUUCUGCUAUUCCUUUCUGGUUCUUACCCCGUUCCCUGCCCGACUCUGGCCCCCAGGAGUCAGCGAAGUGCCCACCAGAGCAGAAAAGCUUCAUUAAACAGCCAUUACAUCUGAAACCCACAUAUCCAGCAGAUGAACACAGCAGUUUUAUAGAGAUGGCCAAAGACUUUAUUCCAAGCCUGCGCACCCUGCUGGGACACCCUGUGUAUCUCAUUUACCUGUGUGUGAUAAUCAUUCAGCUGAACUCUCUCAUCGGCAUGGUCACCUACAAGCCCAAGUACAUCGAGCAGCACUUCCGGCAGUCCGCAUCCAAGGCCAACUUCCUGAUGGGUGUGAUCAACAUCCCUGCUGUAGCUAUGGGGAUGUUCUCCGGUGGUUUGCUCAUGAAGAAGCUGAAGCUGAACAUCAUGGGUGCGGCUAAGUUUGCCUUUGGCACGUCUCUGAUUGGCUACAUCCUUUCACUCUUCUUCUUUGCAAUGAGCUGUGAAAACGCUAAAGUGGCCGGAGUGACUCUUUCAUAUGACAACAUGGAGGCAAUAUCUUAUGACAAACACCAAGUGUUCACAUCCUGCAAUUCCGGCUGCUUUUGUUCAGCCAGUGAGUGGGACCCAGUGUGUGGAGACAACGGCGUCACCUACAUCUCCGCCUGUCUGGCCGGCUGCAGAAGCUCUGCUGGCUCAGGGAAAAAUACCGUCUUCUCUAACUGCAGCUGCGUCGGUGCCGUUGGUAACUUCACUGCCAGCACCGGCCAGUGCCCUCAGAAGGACGACUGCGACAGGAUGUUCCCCUACUUCCUGGCUCUCUCCGUCAUCACGUCCUUCAUCAUCUCUCUCGGUGGGACACCAGGCUACAUGCUACUCAUCAGAUGUAUAAAACCUCAGCUGAAGUCUCUGGCCUUGGGUUUUCACACUCUGGCGACACGUACCCUCGCAGGGAUCCCAGCUCCUAUUUACUUCGGAGCCAUCAUCGACACCACAUGUCUGAAAUGGGGUCAGAAGAGGUGCGGAGGCAUAGGAGCCUGUAGAGUGUACAACACCACCACAUACAGGGUUGCGUACCUGGGCCUGACUCUGGGCCUGAGGACCGUCUCCUUCCUCAUCUGCAUCCCGGGCUUCAUCCUGCUGAGGCGACAACUGAAGGAGGAGGAGAGAAAUGGAAUCCACGGAGCCCUGGCCAACGGCAAUGCGGAGCUGGAGGCGCUCAGGAAGGAGGAGUUUGUGAUUUCUAAUUCUGACCAAUUACAACAGAUAUCAGAAAACAGCACAGACAGAGAGACCCGGCUGUGACAGACUCGGCAAAUAGUUUUCUCUCAAACACACAUGAAUCCAUGCAUUCAUAUGAAUUGCGCACACACACACACACUUUGCAGUGAUACAGUACACAUGGGCGUACACAAAUAAGGUUUGCAGGGAAUCAAAAAAAGUAAAAAAAAAAAAAAAAAAGUUGUAUAAUCUCAUGUCUAGUGUAAAUCCUAUAUUUUGUACUGCUGGAUCUGUUGAGCAUUUGACAAGAGAUUUGAUAUGAAGCUAGAGCAUUUCUUGAAUGUACUUUCAUAUUCCUGUUCAGGACAUAGUAUUUAUUUUACAGUUUAUAAAGCAAUGCAAGAAAAUAUAUAAACAAAAAUGUGAAAUUGUUCACUCCGCUGAAAAACCAUAUCGUUAUGGAAACACCAGCAUUUAUGAUGUUGCCUCAAAAUAUUCUGAAUACCUUUUUUUUCCCAGGCACGUGUAUAACUGUUAAGUGGCCUUAUAUCUGGAUGACAUGUUCAACAAUUAAUGUAUUAUGAAGUUAAAAAAAGAUCAUUUGGACACAAAGCCUUUUAGAGACUAAUAGCAUAGCUCCACAAACAUGGCGCGGGCUGCCGUUGCCGAGGCGAUAGUGUCCUUGUUUAAGACGUCGCACAAAGUAUUUGGCCUUAGGUGUUGGAUCAGACGGGCUGUAGUGUUGUUUUUCGAUGUUCAGUUCUAAAAUUUUGACCAAUACAGGACUGAUACUGAUUCGAGUAUCGAACCGAGCCAUACCUAAUAAAAAUAAAGUAGUUGCAACUAACUGUGUUAACUCUUUAAAAUAAGAGAUUUAAGAUAAAUAUAUAAAGCGUUAAGUAUCUCUCAUGAUUGUUCUGUCCUUGUCAGUACUUUUCUGUUCCGGUGCAUGUGAGAGCUGCAGCAGUCUUUUUGUCAGUCAGUGAUGAAAACUGUUUUAACUUAACUCUGUUAACACACAGACCCUCGGUAUAAACACAUAUUUCUCAGUAACGUUUAAUCAAAUCUGCCUCACUCAACUAUU